GUUAAAGCCUCCAGCCUCCUUGAAACACGUUGGUGUUUAAUGCCAGUUUGUCCUGUUCGCAGUUGCUUUUGCGGCCCCGUCAGAGUCCGAGUCCCGUCCCACCAUUUUGAUGUUUCCAUUGCCCAUCAAAUUCCGCAGGGCGGCCAAGACAAUCUCGUGUCCAGAACCUAGGUCCAAAUAUCUGACUAUCGCCUGCAUGUCUGACAAAUUUGCGGCUAUGCGUGCUUUAUGUAGCGGUCUGUUACCACCCUUUUUGUCUCGGCGUUGGCUAGCUGGGCCAUGACCUGUCACUUGUCUCAGAUACGGAGCCCGGAAGAAAACGGUGACGGGGGGCUGGUAACCGCGUACGAAUAUCUCUAUGGCAAUCCCGAAUCUUCCGGGGGUUUAAAACGAGAAUGACAUUAAAAACCGAGCGGGCCGAUUUGUACGCUAGGAAGGCGCCACGUGGGGAAGGCGGUGGAUGGAUUGAUAAGGCCACUGGGCGCCGUUUCUCUUUCCGAACUCUUACACCGCACCCCAAGUCCGCCAUCUUGAAGCACCUCGGAGAACAAGGAUUCAAGGAUUUCGCAUAUUCCCUCCCAUCUCUCAUUUUUGACUUCACAAUGGGCGAAAUAAUAAAGAGCCAAAAAGGAGAUGCCGUUCCGCAUGCGUUUGCUGCUUAUUCGGAAUGGAUCAGGUUGCAAAACAGGCGUCACUCGAGGAAGGAUGUGUUAGUCAAUGGCCGCGAGUUGACCAUCGCUGAUGUCCUGGCUGUCUCGCUACACAACGGACCUGCUAAACUUACGGACGAUCCGUUGGAUCUCGAGCUGGUCAGCGAGAGUGUUGCUUUUUUGGCGCGGGAGUUGGAAGCCGGCAACGUCAUCUAUGGCGUCAACACCGGCUUCGGCGGCAGCGCCGACACGAGAACACAAGAUUUCGAGCGGCUCCAGAGUGCGGCUGUCCAGCAUCUCAACGUUGGAAUCCUGCUGAAAGCCGACAAGACGGACCCGGGUUCGGAUAACCAAGAGAAUGGCUUGUUGCGAAGCCACGCCCUCCCGACACCCAUUGUUAAAGCGGCAAUGCUGAUCCGCUGCAAUUCGUUGAUGCGAGGCCACUCAGGUGUGCGAGUCAGCGUCAUUGAGUCCGUUAUGAAGUUAUUGUCCCUCAAUAUGACCCCCGUUGUGCCCUUACGAGGUAGCAUUUCGGCGUCAGGAGAUCUUUCGACCCUCUCGCAUAUCGCAGGCGCCAUUGAGGGCAACCCAGACAUCUUCGUCAAGGUCGUCGGCGAGGACGGCAAGACCAAGAUUCUUCCGGCCAGCGAGACGCUCAAAGUUGCCAAGAUCGAUCCGGUACGCCUUCAAGCGAAAGAAGGUCUCGGAAUCACCAACGGCACCGCGCCCAGCUGCGCAGCAGCAUGCCUCGCGAUCGACCAAGCCAACCAACUCGCCCUUCUCGCCCAGCUCCUCACUGCCAUGGGCACCGAAGCCCUCAACGGAAACUCUCACAACUACCACCCUUUCAUUUCCGCCAUCCGCCCGCACCCAGGCCAAGCAGAAGUUACCACCAACAUCCUUCACUUCCUCUCCGGCUCCAAGAUCUGUCCGCCGCCUACCUCCUCCCAAUCCAUCGCCCGCGUCGGCCUCGCCCAAGACCGCUAUUCCCUGCGCACCGCCCCGCAAUGGCUCGGUCCCCAGCUCGAAGACCUCCUCCUGGCCACGCGCCAGGUGACCACCGAAAUCAACUCCACCACAGACAACCCCCUGAUCGAAGUCGUCCCCCCAUCCCUAGCAAACAGCAACACCAGCAGCAACACCAGCCGAAUGCACCACGGCGGCAAUUUCCAAGCCGCGGCCCUCACCUCAGCCAUGGAAAAAACCCUCCUCGCCCUCCAAAACAUCGGCCGCCUGCUGUACGCCCAGUCGGCCGAGCUCAUCAACAACGCGACCAACAAGGGCCUGCCGCCCAACCUGUCGCUCGACGACCCCAGCGCCAGCUUCACCUGCAAGGGGUUUGACGUCAACAUGGCCGCCUACGCCGCCGAGCUCGCCUACCUGGCCAAGCCCGUCAGCGCACACGUCCAGGUCGCCGAGAUGGCCAACCAGAGCGUCAACAGCAUGGCCCUGGUCGCGGCGCGCUACGCGCUCGAGGCGGUCGAGGUGGUGAGCCUGAUGGCGGCGACGUAUGUGUAUGUGCUGUGCCAGGCGCUGGAUCUGAGGUGUUUGGGGCUGGAGUUUCGGGAGAGGUUGGGGGAGGUUGUGCGCGGGGUGGUGGCCGGGUGCUUUCUUGGUGGGGAGAAGGGGGGGAAACGCGAGGAGGAGGUGGUUUCUGAGAGCGUGCGGGACGCGGUGCUGGCGCGCUGGGAUCAGCUGUCGCAUUUGGACCUGGGGGAUCGGUGCCGGACGGCGGUGAACGAGUCGCUUGGCACGGUGCUGGAGACUUUGGCUGGGUGUGGUGCCUCGUUGGAGGGCGUGCGGGAGUAUCAGGGCCGGAUGGCUGCUGCGAUGGAGACGUGCUAUGCCGGUCUCCGGGUCGAGUUCUUGCGCUCGCAGACGACGACGGAUUAUAUCAGCUCCGCGUCGAGGGUGGUUUAUGAUUUUGUGCGGAAGGAUUUGAACAUCCCGCUCAACCGGGGUAUUGAGGAUCACCCGCCGCUGCUCCUGGGGAAGGUCGAGGAAGCUCGGAGGGCUGGUACUGCUGACGGUCCGAAUGGGCAUGUUGCCAGUGGCGAGGGCGAAAACGGGGACCUGACGGCGCUGGAAGAAGAGUUGGCGCUUCGGGGUAGGACCCUCGGAACCAUGUCAGGCGAGAUCUACGAGGCGGUACGCGGCGGUGAACUGCAUGAUCGGAUCAUGAAGUUCGGGGAGGAGUCGGGGAUUUGGGGGCAGUGA